AAGAGGGGCCGGGGCGGGCCCGGAGGCGUGCGGCCCCUUUAAGGCUUGGCCUACGUGGCACCCGCCGGAGCCGCCGCCGAAGCGGAGCGAGGCCGGCCGCUGGCACUUCCUGUGGAGGCCGCAGCGGGCCGGGCGCCUACGGGCUGAGCGCCGAGCGAGCGAGCGAGCCGAGCUCAGCCUCCCGCUGCCGCCGCCAUGGGCCAGAACGACCUGAUGGGCACGGCCGAGGACUUCGCCGAUCAGUUCCUCCGAGUCACGAAGCAGUACCUGCCGCACGUGGCGCGCCUCUGCCUGAUCAGCACCUUCCUGGAGGACGGCAUCCGCAUGUGGUUCCAGUGGAGCGAGCAGCGCGACUACAUCGACACCACCUGGAGCUGCGGCUACCUGCUGGCCUCUUCCUUCGUGUUCCUCAACCUGCUCGGACAGCUGACUGGCUGUGUCCUGGUGUUGAGCAGGAACUUUGUGCAGUACGCCUGCUUCGGGCUUUUUGGAAUCAUAGCUCUGCAGACGAUCGCCUACAGCAUUUUAUGGGACUUGAAGUUUCUGAUGAGGAACCUGGCCCUGGGAGGCGGCUUGUUGCUGCUCCUGGCAGAGUCCCGUUCUGAAGGGAAGAGCAUGUUCGCGGGAGUCCCUACCAUGCGAGAGAGCUCCCCGAAGCAGUACAUGCAGCUGGGAGGCAGGGUCCUGCUCGUCCUGAUGUUCAUGACACUGCUGCAUUUCGACGCCAGCCUCUUCUCUAUUGUCCAGAACAUCGUGGGCACAGCUCUGAUGAUUUUAGUGGCCAUUGGUUUUAAAACCAAGUUGGCUGCUUUGACUCUUGUCGUCUGGCUGUUUGCCAUCAACGUGUAUUUCAACGCCUUCUGGACCAUUCCAGUCUAUAAGCCUAUGCAUGACUUCCUAAAGUACGACUUCUUCCAGACCAUGUCGGUGAUCGGGGGCUUGCUCCUAGUGGUGGCCCUGGGCCCUGGGGGUGUCUCCAUGGAUGAGAAAAAGAAAGAGUGGUAACAGUAACAAGUCCCUGCCCUGUCUGGCUAAGACCUAUGGCCAUCGAGGACUGGUUCAGGGUGGAUUCAACAAAACUGCCAGCAUUUAUGUAUCCUCUUCCCUCCCCUUCCUUGGUAAAGGCAAAGAUGUUUUGAGAACUUUAUUUGCAGAGACACCUGGAAAUAGAUCCUAAAUCCCUUCCGCUGCAGUCUGGUAUCAGGCUGCUUUGUGUUGGCCAGCUGGUCCCCUCCCCCAGACUUUUGGAGUGAACAGCUUGGCUGGUUGUGGCCUCUCAGUCCUCUUUUUGAGGGGUUUUUUGGUGGGGGAGGAGGCCUUCAAGCUAUACUGUGAGCAGACACAUUUGUGUAUCAUUCAAAUCAGUCUCCCUCUUUUUAAGUUUACAUUUUUAGCUCAAACUACUAAAUUAUUUUGGAUGGUUCAGCCAAGUACCACACACAUUUAAACACCUGUAUAGAAACAGUGACAGUAUUUGGGGAGUCACAGUCCCAGAGCAAGGCAGCAGUAGAGGGCCACGGGAGCUGCAGUUUCUGGAUAGUCAUCAAUUGGAAAACCAGCUCUGAUCGCCAAGUCCUAGCCUGGCAACACCCUGGAUGCUUUAGUGCUUUGAGGCAGGGAUGAGGGGUGAGAACUCCUCAGGGCAGCUGCUGCUGGCCACCUGGAGCCCAGUAGUGGGGAGGCCAUGCAGGAGGACAGGACCUGCCCAGGGCAGCACAACCUGGCUGGGCCCCUCCACACUGGAGCCGUGUUAACCUCACACUGACAUCUGGGGCCUGUCCCUAGCCACACUUGCCCUGGGGGCAGCUCCACACUCACAAGGUUAUUGCCUGCUCAGACCGUGUCCAUUUGCUAUGCUGAAUGCAGCCAAAAUUACUUUUCACAAUUUGUGAUGCCUUACUGAUUUGAUCUUGAUCCUGUAUUUAAAGUUUUCUAACAUUGCCUUAUACUGUGUUCCUCUUUUUUGGGGGGUUUAAUUGCUUGUUGUUCCCUGCUCAUCUGCACCAUGAAUGCCACUAGGGCAGUCAGAAUCUCUCUGUGGUCCCUAUGUCCAUCUGGAGACAGGCUGGCUGUGGUUAUCCCAACCAGGCUCCAGGUUCUCACAUGGCUCACCCACUGGCUGUGUAGGACAGAGGUGAAGUCACUUCUGCCCACCAGUGCUGCUGGGAUCCCUACUGGCCUGUACCCAGACCCAUCUACCCUGAGGGCACCAUCUCAAUGUGCUUUGUGUCCCAGCCAAACUUGUCUCAAGAUGUUUCUAAAUCCCCCUGUAGGGCCCACUUCUCUGUCUCCUAGUAUUUAUAAGAUCAAGCAAUGGCUUCAGGACACAGGAGUUUGUUUUUCCUUGUCACUCAGAUGCUUACUGCACAGAGUGGCUUCUAACUCAAUGUCUCAAACUUGGCAGGGGCAUCUCCUGGUCCACACCCACCUCCCGUUAAUGCAGGGUGAUGGCCAUCACAUCACACUGCUGAGUCUGUUUUCCUGUAGCCAGUGUUGUUUGGUUGGGUGGUGGAAACCAGGUUGACCCCAGCAGCUCCUGCGCCCCGUGCGGAGCCUGUUUUCCCAGCCCUGAGUAGGCCAACGCCUGGGAUGGGCACCUUUGCCAGGAGGAGGAAAGUGUGACCUACCAAUUGGUCUGGCAAAACAAUUUUUGAAAAGUUUUUUGCUUUAUGUGGGAAACAGAUUUAAAUCUCAUUUUAUGCUGUAUUUUAUAUCUUAGUUGUGUUUGAAAACGUUCUGAAUUUUGGAAGCACAUCAAAAUAAAUAAUGGCAUUUGUCGUA